AAAAAAUAAAUAGAAAUUACAAAUAUAAAUUGCUAAUUAUAUUUAUUUUAAUCAAAUUAUUGUAUUAUACAUUAUAAAUAUUAUAAAUAUUAAUUAUAAUAAUUCAAAUUAAUUAAAUGGUAUUAAAUUGAUUAGAUUGAUUUAAAUUAUUUUAAGUUAUAGAAAAUAAUUGUUUCCUUUUUAAAAAGUCAAAACAAUUGAUUACAUGAUUCAACGCAGCGUGUACAUUUUAGAAUAGGUCUAAAAUUUCAAAUACAUUGUUUAUUUGUGUAUUGUGAGUCAGUAAUUAGGUCUUUACUUCUUCAUUAAUUACCUUAUCAACAUAUUAAGGUAAGAUGAAAUUUUCUUAAAUAUCAAAGUGCAGAGUAAAACAAGAUUUUGUACACCAAGAUGAUAAAUAGUCUUUUCAUAAUCAAUCUUUCUGGUUAUUUUUAUUGUUACAGAGAUGUAUUUCUAGAAAAGCACUGGAAAAGUGUCGUUGCUCGAUCAUUAUGUGAUUAUUUUUUUGAUCAACAACAUAAACUUUUAUCUCCAGAAGACACACCUCCCGUAAUAGCAACACCACAUCAUUACUUAAUAAGUAUAUAUAGAUGUAAUAUAUUUUUUGUAGCUGUAUGUACAACAGAAGUUUCUCCAUUAUUUGUUGUCGAAUUUUUACACCGAGUAGUCGAUACUUUAGAAGAUUAUUUCAACGAAUGUUCUGAAACAGUAAUUAAAGAAAACUACGUGGUAGUUUAUGAAUUAUUAGAUGAAAUGUUAGAUAAUGGGUUUCCCUUAGCCACUGAAUCGAAUAUUUUGAAAGAAUUAAUCAAACCACCUAAUAUAUUGAGAUCAAUCGCUAAUACGGUCACAGGAAAAUCAAAUGUUAGUUCUACGUUACCUAGUGGUCAGUUAUCAAAUGUACCUUGGCGACGAACCGGCGUAAAAUAUACUAAUAAUGAAGCUUAUUUUGAUAUUAUUGAAGAAAUAGAUGCGAUUAUAGACCGGUCAGGAGUUACUGUAUUCGCUGAAAUCCAAGGAUGUAUUGAAUGCUGUAUAAAAUUGAGUGGUAUGCCAGAUUUAACUCUAUCAUUUGUAAAUCCUAUAUUAUUAGAUGAUGUCAGUUUUCAUCCAUGCGUACGGUUCAAACGUUGGGAGGCAGAAAAAAUUCUCUCUUUUAUUCCUCCAGAUGGAAAUUUUAGGCUUAUGUCAUAUCAUAUCGGAUCACAAAGUAUAGUUGCAAUUCCAAUAUACGUGAAGCAUAGCAUAAACUUAAAAGAACAGAUGGGAGGAAAGAUUGAUAUAACGGUUGGUCCAAAACAAACCAUUGGAAGAACAGUUGAAAAUGUCGUUUUAGAAAUACCAAUGCCAAAAGCCGUUUUAAAUUGUAAUGUCAUCUCAAAUCAAGGAAGAUACUCAUUUGAUCCUGUUAACAAAAUUCUACGAUGGGACAUUGGAAGAAUAGAUAUAGCAAAACUUCCUAAUUUGAGAGGAACUAUUUCAAUACACCCUUCAAUAACGGCAGUUGAAUCUGACCCUGCUAUAAAUGUAUAUUUUUCUAUUAGCCAACUUGCAAUAUCUGGAAUUAAAGUCAAUCGAUUAGAUAUGUAUGGAGAAAAAUAUAAACCAUUCAAAGGAGUGAAAUACGUAACAAAAGCUGGAAAAUUCCACAUACGAAUGUAAACAUCACGAUGGGAUAAAUAGCAAUGUUUAUAUCCAAUGAUUUCUGUUAUAUUAUAUAUCCUUAUAUAAUAUCCUCGCUAUAAUUAUUUUCAACAUAACUAUUAGAUAUUAAUCGACAAAAUAUAUUUUAUAC